AUGGCAUCUCUUCUCGCAGGCCGCGCAUUCACUCGCUCAAUCACAAAGUGCAGUCGCCCACAAUACCUGCGUCUGCGAGCUCAGAAGCCGGCGUUCAGCGCGCGGAGCUUCACCGCAAGCGCCAAAGCAUGGGAGAAGCGCUACACCGAGGACCAUGAGUGGGUUGAGCUGGCUGAGGAUGGCUCUACUGCCACCAUUGGAAUCUCCGAAUACGCUGCAAAAGCCCUUGGCGACGUCGUCUUCGUCGAGCUGCCAACAGUAGACCUCGAGGUGACCGCAGGAAGCUCGAUUGGUGCGGUGGAAUCCGUCAAGUCUGCUUCCGACAUUAUGUCGCCCAUCAGCGGUGUCAUCACAGAGGCGAACAGUGUGUUGGAGGAGAAGCCUAGCACGAUCAACAAGAGCCCCGAAGCGGACGGAUGGUUGGCCAAGAUCAAGGUCAGCGCACCAGAGGAGGUUUCUAGUCUCAUGGACGCGGCCGGCUACAAGAAGUUCACCGAGGAUGCCGACGACCACUGA